GCGGCGGGGCGGAGCGCGGCGCGGCAGCGGAAGAUGGCGGUGGCUGCGGGCGGCUCGUCCCGUUCCCCGGAGAGGCGGCACGAUCCGCUGUCGCGUUUCACCUGCCCCGUGUGCCUGGAGGUGUACGAGAGCCCGGUGCGCGUGCCCUGCGGACACGUCUUCUGCACUCCAUGCCUGCAGGAAUGUCUUAAACCGAAGAAGCCAGUUUGUGGAGUUUGCCGCAGCACUCUGUCACCUGGCAGCAGAGCUCUGGACUUGGAAAAGCAAAUCGAAACAACUGAAACCACUUGCAAUGGCUGCAAUAAAAAAAUGUAUCUCUCCAAGAUGCGUAGCCAUGCAGCUUCUUGUUCAAAGUACCAGAAUUAUAUCAUGGAAGGUGUGAAAGCUGUCACUAAAGAACCACUUCACAACACCAGGAACUUCCCAAAUCGCUUUACCUUUCCCUGUCCAUAUUGCAGCGAGAAAAACUUUGAUCAAGAAGGACUAGUUGAGCACUGCAAAACAUUGCACAGCAUGGAUGCAAAACAAGUGGUUUGCCCAAUUUGUGCCUCAAUGCCAUGGGGAGAUCCAAAUUACAGGAGUGCUAACUUCAUGGAGCACCUUCAAAGACGACAUCGCUUUUCCUAUGACACUUUUGUGGAUUAUGAUGCUGAUGAAGAUGAUAUGAUGGCACAGGUUUUGAUCCGUUCUUUAAGGGAUAAAUGAGCCAAUAAGAAGAUUCACUGUAAAACCAAGCUUCCAUGUGGGGGAAAUGCCCAGCAUCCUCACACUUUUCCCUGUACGCUCCAAGGUGAACUCAGGCAUCUAGAAAUAUGGAAGACUUUUUAAUCCCUAUCUCUGUUUCUAAUCCUGGUUUGAUACUUCUGUGCCACUCAGUCUUUUAUUACAUGAUACAUGCUAUUCAACCCCGUCAGCCUAAUUUUCUUACUUGCCUCACCCAAGUUAAUUGUAAGUCAGCAUGGAACAGGCAAAUCUGUUUUCCUUUGCUUAUUCCUUGGUUUCUUUUUGCAGUUGUGUUCAUUUGUCUAAAACCAAAUGUUUUAAAUGGAAUGGACUAAACUAGUUAAUAACUAAUCCCUUGCCAGUCUCAUUUACAUAUUUUAAAUGAUAGUAUGAGAGGUGUAUUUGUAGCUCUGUUUUCCUUUAGUGAGACCUCUAGGUGCUAACUGCAAUUGUCAGACCAGCUCUCAUUUAAAGUGACCUAUGAUGCCUGUGAUUUCAUAACAUUUCCCAGUGUUUGGAUUUUUCAGACACAGCCUCUCACCUAUGUGGAAAUCAUCUUCAGUACAAGUCUUUGAUCCACAAACUUCCUUAGUGAGUCUUUGCACCUGUAUAAACAACUAGUUCAAAAGAUUUUAGUUCUAUGCAUGAGUAUUACUUUCUCCCAUACUUUGACUGUAAUUUCUAGGCUGGAAAAAUAAACUUUAAUGUUCACCUUAGCUAAAAGGCAUCAUUUUUAAACUAUCUUAGGACAUCUGAUUAAUAUUUACUGGCUUUAUGAUUGAUGGUUUCAAAACUGGGUUUCUAGUGAUAUUAAGCCUUAUGCUGAUAGGGGAAAUCAGAAGUUGUUUUCUUCAAUACCUCUGCUUUCUAUUUAAACUACAAUUUUUGUAUAUAUUCCUGGGUUUUUUCCAUCUCUUCAGGAAAGCUGGUAGCAAAUACUUACCAGUAAUUCGUAGCACUUGCAUAGCACUACCUUGCUGCAUUACAGGUUUUAGCAGGUAUUUUGAAUUCUUGGGCUUCAUUUAAAUGUUGCUAAAGUAGCUGAAGCUGUACUUAGAUUGUUUUCUAUAUGAGAUUAUAUGUAUAGUUUGCAGGUAUAGCUUUCAAAGAAAAAGUUAUGUAUAACCCAGGAAGCAGGAUGACAAUUGCAGUAUGGGAUAAAUGGAUACUCUGUAUUCAAGUCUACACUUUCAUGUGGUAGUUUCAGGCUAUGCCUUUAGCAUUUUAUCACAGAUUUUUGAGCGGAGAAGUAGUAAAAUGUACUUCAUUUGCUUCCAACUGAGCUGGUCUGGUGAAGUUAAUGUUGG